UUGGACUACAAAAGAGCAACCACAGCAUAGCACAUCGGAAGGGAAGAAGAAAGGACUCUGUUUUUUGUGUUAUCGUAAACAGCAAUGGAAGAAAUUAAUUAAAUGGCUUUCUUCAUUAUUUUCUGUUCUUUUUUGCAUGUGCGUAAAUAAAAUUUUGAAACAAGUUAUAUCUGAAAAGCUACCUGCCUGUCCAGCUAUUUUUUGGUAGCUCUUAAAACUACCUACGUCUACGACCAAUUAAAUUUUACUAGUUUUAAGUGUGCUUCAUAUAGUGUGGCAUUGUUCUAUAAAGAGACAGGGUUUAAAACCCUAAUGUAAUUCUGUAAGACUCAGACUCUUCUGAUCUGAGACUAUAGCGGGUGUGUGUAGUGUGAGGAGCAGAGAAGAGGGGGGAUUGAAGAUCUGGCACAAAUUUGUUAGACCUUAUUAAGGAAUUAUAUAACUUAAAGUAAAAAUAUUCGCAGCAGAUGUAAAAGUGUUUGCAGAAGAUGUGUGGUUAAUGGAAAUGAACUUUCCAUCUGGUUGAAUAUCCUUUGUCGAUUAAAAAACAUGCUGAAUUUGUGUUAACAUAUAAUUUGCAUAUUUUUUUAGUUAAAAUUUUUGAAAGUGUUGAUAGCUAUACAAAUGGGGUGCGGAUCAAGUCGUUCAGCUGUUGCUGUUGUUGAAACCCAAGAAGGGACAACAACAAAAUCAAAUUUGAUAAAAAAAUCCUCCUCCAGCUUGGAUCAUUUUACUGCCCAAACUUGCAAAGUUGACGCUAAUAGCAAUAAUGUUAUUGUUAAGAAAUCUAGCAUCAGUAGUUUAGGUUCAAGAAAUCUGCGGGGAAGUAAUAAAUCUUUAAAGAAUGAAAGUAAUGAACGAGAAAAAUCAGCUGCAUCAAUUAAAAGUAAAGACAGUGGAGUGUUUGAUGAUCGGCAGAGUGCGGCAGGAAGUCAGUUGUCAAAUAACUCAGAAUCAGUAACAUCAAACCCACAGAGUGCCACUAGAUCAUCUGCUAGAAAAAAGUUAUUAAGAAUUGAUGAUAUUGUCACAGAUAAUAAGGAAGAGGAGAAUAAUAUAAACAUAAUAUCAAGGCCAGUCACUCGUUUUGGUAACCUUGCAUUUGAUUUGGUGUUGGAUACACCAGAAACUGGCAACUUAAAAAAAAGACCAGCAAAACUUGCACAACUGGAAAACAAAAAAAAGCGAAAAUCUAAAAAAACUAAAGAAGAGAUAGAAAAAAAGAUGCGAGAAGUUGAAGAACGUCGCAAGAUUCAAGAGGCUGAAAAACAAAUAAAAGCAAAACAAUUUCAGCAUCUUGGAAUUCAUACGACAGUACAACCAUUUAGUCCAGUGACGGACGAUGAGGAAGAAACGUAAAGUGGAAAUGUACAACAACAUCUUAUUAAGACGAGGCAAAAAGUGGCUGUACUGUUCAACUAUCUGGGGUAAAUUGGGUAUAGUUUCUUUGUCCCUUACAUGGACUUAUUUAUUGUCAUCCAAUCAUUACAUAGAAUGAUGUGUCACAAGUGUCAUUUGAAUGGUGAAAAACAGUGUACAGUUUUUACAUAUGUACAUAUUUAUAGGGUGAAGGUAGAUAUAUUUUUACAAUAUUGGAUUUUGACUAAUUUCCUAUAUCUGGAUUAAUGAGACAAUUUUUUAUUUUUCUAUGCAUAUUUUUAAACGGAAGCGUGAUUCAUUUUUUGCUUUAACGAAACAGUUGUCAAUUUGCAUUUAUGACACAAACAAAAGUAGAAUUCAUAAGUUAUGAUGUUUAGUUUGUUUUUUUGUACAUUAUUGACAUAUAAUAUAUAAAAGAUAUAAAGGGAUGUAAAUAAAUAUUGGUUGUAAAUAUAGUUUUAUACAUUAAA